AUGGCCGCCACCGCCAAUCCCGCCACCGACCUCUUCUCGCGCCUCUCCUUCCGCCGCGCCGUCGCCCCCUCCCCGCUCCGCCUACCCGCACGGCCGCCCCGUGCGCCGCGCCUCUCGGCCGCCAUCGUCGCCCUCCACAAGCGCAACCCCAAGCGCCUCAAGUACGCCUCCCAGCGUCAGUUCACGAGAGGGGAUGGCGGGAUGCUGCGGGUGACGGUGGAGCCCUCCGGCCAGGACUUCUGGAAGCUGGACCCCGUCGUCGACCUCAUCAACAGCGGCGCCGUCGGCGUCGUCCCUACCGACACCGUCUACUCCAUUGUCUGUGAUCUGAGCAACAAUGACGCUAUUGAGCGCCUCCGCAGAAUCAAAGGCAUUGUAGAUUCAAAGCCUCUCAGCAUCUUGUGCCGCUCGUUGCGAGACAUUGACACCUACACAACAGGGUUUCCUCUAGGUACCAACCAAGGGCAAGCUAACAUCUUCCGCGCGGUCAAGCGUAUAUUACCAGGGCCUUACACCUUUAUUUUACCUGCGACCAAGGAAUUACCCAAGCAGUGCAUCAAGCAUGGGUCAUCUACUAGAUAUGCGAAAAGGAGGCAGGUUGGUGUUCGAAUGCCAGAUGAUCCCAUAUGUCAAGCAAUACUGCAAAAUCUGGAAGAACCGUUGAUCUGCACAAGCGUCAAGUAUCUGUCAGAGGAUGAAUGGAUACUUGAUCCGGUAUACAUUGCCGAUAUUUAUGAACCACUGGGCCUUGAUUUCAUUGUUGAUGGUGGUGCUAGAAUUGCUGAUCCAUCUACUGUCGUUGACAUGACUGGAAGUUAUCCUACCAUUAUUCGUCAGGGAAAGGGCCCAAAGCUUGAUUGGAUGGUAACAGGCACAGACCAAGAUGCGCAAUCAACUCUGAAAGCAGUUUGAAAUGUUGCCCUGCUGACCUACGCUAUGAGUUGCAACUACAGGUGCUCACGCCAGUUUCCUCGAACCGUUGAAAAAGAGAACAUCAGUGUCUACUUUGUAACUUGGAGCAUAACAGUUGAAGACCUUUCGCUAAAUGUUUUACUUCUUUUUGCACUAGUCACCGUUUCCCACGGGUUGAGAGUAACUAAUUUUGGACACCACACAGGUUGUAUACCCCCUCCGCAUCAACAUAGUCUUUGGCAUGAUAGAAUUAUUAGUAACUCGACUCCAAGCAAUCUUCGGUUGUCAGGGGUCUGCUUACUGGGAAGUUUGCUGAAUA